AUGUUCUCAAGAUCAGUCAAUAAACAAUUGUUAACCAUUGCUUCUGUCGGAGCAAUUGGAGCUGUCGGAUUGUCUUACUACUACAAUGCAGCUAAACCAAUUUCCAACGAAAAUGGUAAAACUUUUACCAACCCUAACGAUUGGAUUGAUUUGAAAGUAAAAUCGACUGUCAAUUUAGGUCAAUCAUCCAAAAAAUUAAUUUUCGAGUUAUCAAACCCAGACGAUGUUAGUGGUUUAGUUGAUUGCUCCUGUUUGUUAACCAAAUUUGUUACCGCUAAAGGAAAUAAUGUCAUUAGACCUUACACUCCAACUAAUGACCCUAACGAAAAAGGUGUUAUUGAAUUAAUAGUCAAGAAGUAUGAAGGAGGUAAAAUGUCAUCUCAUAUCCAUGACUUGAAACCAAAUGAUACCUUAUCAUUUAAGGGACCAAUUGUUAAAUGGAAAUGGGAACCAAACCAAUACAAGUCUGUUGCCUUGAUCGGAGGUGGAACUGGUAUUACACCUUUGUACAGAUUAAUUAGUAGAAUUGCCGAAAAUCCAGAUGAUAACACCAAGGUCGAGUUAUUCUAUGGUUCUGUUUCUGCCGAAGAUAUCUUGAUGAAGAAAGAACUCGAUGAUUUAGCUGAAAAACACAAAGAUCAAUUUAAAGUAACUUACUUCCUCGAUAAACCUCCCGCUAAUUGGAAAGGUGAAACCGGUGUCAUUUCAAAAGAAUAUUUGAAAAAGUCAUUACCUGCUCCUUCAAAGGAUGCUAAAAUCUUCAUUUGUGGACCACCUGGUAUGUAUAAAGCUAUUUCCGGUAUGAAAAAUUCUCCAACUGAUCAAGGUGAAGUUACAGGUGCUUUAGCUGAUUUAGGUUACACUAAAGAACAUGUUUAUAAAUUUUAG